AUGGAAAAUACUGAAUGCGAGAUACGCGUGGCGCGCGAUGGGAAGACGCGUCACGUGACCCAAUAUUCCCCGGCUAAAACUGGGGAAUAUGUAAAAAAUAAACCAGGACUAAAUUGCCCUUUUCAGAUUUCUGUGGGAAGUGCAUGCCCAGAAAAACCUUGUACCAACCAAUGUUGCAGCCAGAAUCCGUGUCUUCAUGGAGGAUCCUGUACGGAGUUGUGCGAGCAUCCCAAACACAAGUUUAGAUGCAUCUGCAUAGGGGAAUACUUCGGUAGAUUUUGUCAGAAGCGGAAAGCACGAUCCUGCAAGGAGCAACUUGAAAUGGACACGGCAGCCUCGUCUGGAGUGUAUGCUUUAUUUGAUCCGACGAACAUCUCUAUCUACAAAACCUUCUGUGAUUUUAAAUCUGAAAAUAACUCUGUUUGGACUCUUGUCGAGUCAUUCAGCAUGGCUAAUAACCACGAGUUUGCCAAUUCACCAUUUUAUUUGGACAACCCCGACAAGAAAAAAGCCUUCAGUUGGAAUAAGUUCCGUUUAACGCUAUCCCGGAUGGACAUGAUUGCCAAUCACUCCACUCACUUUCGAGCCACAUGCAAUUUUAAUACCGAUGGUCUCAUUUACAUCGAUUAUUUAAGAGCAAAAUUUACUGAAAUCGAUGUGAUGCAGUUAAAAUUCGACAGAUGUAAGAAAUACGAAUACAUCAACAUCCGCGGCUAUGGUUGCAAAAAUUGUACCGCCCACUUUGUUCAACAAGAUUAUUGGCACGCACAUGUUGAUUCAUAUUAUGGAUCGUCUAAAGGAUGUCAGCUGAAAAGUCCCCUAACAGGAGCUGUGAAAGAACCAGCAGGGGAAGAUAAUUUCGGUUAUUACGCAACAGUGAACCCUGUACAUAGGUGCUCAUCAAGUCGUGAUUCUACGACGCAGUGGUGGUUCGGAGAGCAAUUAGAGUAAAGUUUACAUUCCUAAGAGCAACUCUCUGUAACUUUGAAGAACUUGACGACAGAAUUUCUUUUAUGCGUCAAAAAGACUCUUUUUGUGAACUGUUUUACCAAACAUUACAUACACAGUAAUUUACACUUUGAUCAUCAUCAUCAACUUGAAGUAAAAACGUUUGCCGCGCACGGUUUGAAAAGUACAAAUAAGAAAACUCAAUUUAGAAACCAAAUUUCUACUUAUUUGAGAGGGCCAUAACUCUUUUAGUAUACGAAUAUCUCGCCAAAUAAGACCUAUGAUACCGUUAUAGGAUAUCUAAAAUGGUUUGGUUGGCCUGUGAAAAUUAAGCGCGCUGGAAGAAAAACUAGGAAGGGCAUUUUGACCAAUUCCGCUACUUUUAGACGGCCGAGCGAAAAUUGCAUGGCGUGACACUUGCGUCUCCGGGCGUCGUUCCGGGUACACGUACAAUUUAUCUGUUCACUCGGGAUUGUUCCCUCUUUUUUUAAAGAAAAAAAUUAGAGAACUAAUAUCAAGAGAUAACCAACGAAGAAGAAACGAUGCUUUUUCUUCAUUUAUUCACCAAGGUUGCUAAAAUUUGAAUAAAGGACCGAUCGUUUUACCUUGAAGGCCGACAUUUUGCCGAAAUUUUCUGCUCGGUCCGAUUUCUAGAGCUUUGUCAUCUAUAACCAAGGCUUAUUCUAAGGUAUAUUUAAGUUAUUACACCGAUAAAUGAUCAAAGCAAAAUGCUCAGUUUUGCAUAAAUUCCAUCGAGUGGUGCUUCGAACAUUCUUAGAUUUCACCAAAAUGUGAAUUCGCUUGAACCUUUAAAGCUUAAUUUCUGAAAAUAGCUCAUUAAAAGGGCAUUUUUGACGUAAUAAAAGAAAGUUCGAAUUUUCGGUCGUGCCGCCAUAUUUACAGUAAAUUUUUGAACGUAGUAACCCUCCCAAACUAAUGGUCAUCCAAAAACUGAAUGGCGACUUGAACAUAGUUUGACUUGUUAUGAGAAAAAACGGAAAUAACAACUACAACAGGUCCGGCCAAAAUAUUCUGAUAUUUGUCUAAGGUUUUAAUAUAACUCUUAUAUUACUCUCGUUGUUUUGAAUAAUCUCAAACUACACAACACGAAAGCAGUAAAAAACAUUUUUAUUCAAGAAAAAUUUAUGCUUCGGUUAACUCUUAAUCUCGGGAUAGCGUUAACUAGCUUCCGCACAACCCCGCCCAGAUUAUAGCAAUUUAACCUGACACGAGCCCGUCAUCAAGCCAAAAACUAGCACUUGGUCAGCGAUCAACUUGGAAAAACUCGAUCUCGAUAAGCUCUAAACUUGAGCUCGCGAUAUGGACACGUGAUACUGGUAAGCGGAUACUUUGUUUGACAGGUGUCAAUUGACCAUAACAUGGAAGUCCAAUUAUCAUUCUCAAUUCAUCAAGUUAAAGCAAAGAAAAUUAGCAUAGAUUUUGUCGAUUUUUCUUCUCCGUUUACUCGGUAGUUUAUGUUUCGAUCGAGAAGAUAUAUCAAACGCUCGAGACAGUGUUUCAUCGACUAUCUAAACACCUCGAAUUUCGUCAAAAAUACUCCUCUGCGCGUCGUAUUUUCAACUUUCUUCUCGGUGUUUGGACAUCCCGAUGAAACACCGUCACUCUCACGGUGUUUGAUAUAUUACAAGAAGUACGCUAUAAAUCAAGGCUGCAUGUCUCUGUCAACCUAUGAGCUGGAGUAUGACCGCCAUCUUGAGCGACUCCGCCGUCAACGCCACCACCGCCGCCGUCGAUUAUGAUUAGAUUAUGAGCUCGACGGAAAUUUCUAUCGCGUGAUAGCUGACGUCAACUAUCAC